GGAGCCCAGCGAGAGAAGCAGCGGUGUUUCUGCAGCAGCAGCUCAGUGAUGUCAAGGGGGGGUAUCUGCCGUGUUUACUAAACCGAGGAGGCAUCUUGACAGGCCAAGUGAUGAAUGGCCAGAAAUCCUCCUCUGCAGUCUGAACCCAGUCACUCUGUCUGGGGAGCGACCACUAACUUUGGACUGCUUGAGUGAUCAACAUGGCUCCCGUCAUGGAGGGCACACAUACCGUCUUGAUCCUGUAUGCGCCCAUCCUUGAGCUCAGCAACAUCAGCCUGUAUGACCCCAAGAGGCGGGCCCAGAGCUUCAAGUACAAGAGCCGUGCCCCUCAUUCAGAAAGCGCCGGCAAUGACCAUGACUGGGGAAAGGAGGAUCUUGCGGUGUCCGAACAAAGAGGCCAGUCUUCCUAUACCUCGGGAGAACUCCUCAACUCCCAGCCGGCAACAAAGGAGGUUGUUGCAGAGCUCUGCUGGCUGGCGGCGGAGCACCACCAGUUGCUGGUGAAUCUCUUAUCACUGUGUCGGGACUGCGCCAACAAGGUCAGGAUGGGUAACCAGGAUGGGAAAAUCCAGGAUUACAUGGAGGGUCAGGAAGCUCACGUUGGAAGUCAGGUUCUCAGCAACAGCAGUAACUAUUCUCACGCUGUGUCUCCGGAGCAUAAGAGAGCCACGUCCAAGAGCAAGAAGCUGAAAAAGUUUGGAAGCAAGAAGCUUGACUGUGCGGAGGAUUUCCUGAACAGUAAGAUAAAGAAGAAAGUUAUAAACGGGACUUCAGGCGCCCAGAAGGGUGUGGCCGUAUCUGCAGCCUCAGUAGUGGAGCCGAUCCCAGGUAUUCCAUCCACCGUCCAUGUGUCUGACAGCCCAGCGACCGGUUCCUAUGUCAGUGCUGUCAGUAAUCCCAUCCUGCCAAUGGAGGAACCCUUCCAAAUCAGCCGUGAGGGCUGGGACUUCAUGGAGGACAACCGGGCAUUUGAGCCCGACAUGUAUUUCUGCAGCGACUUCUCGGAAUACGAAAGUGAGCUGGGUUUCGAGUCGUCUUAUUGCAGCCUGAUGGAGGGACUGACCCGACGGGAAAGUGGGAGCAACCUUCGACCGAUUAAGAGGUUUGACUCUCCGGUGGAGACGUUAUCUGAGAAUGCAUUGGCAGCCAGGUCCGCUCAGCAGCUCUGUGGCAACGACCAUCAGAGGAAUAAAGGGGUCAGGGUGGUGGCUAAAGUGCAGGAUGUGGAGGGGAGCGUGCACCAUGUUAGACAUACAAGCCCAGAGAGGGAAGGGUUUGCAGAGUGGAGAGGGACAAAUGGAGCCCACCUGGCUGGGGUUGGUAGAGAAAUGACAGGUAACAAGCAGUCUGAGGGGCUAUGGUUGCCCCUGUCCAAUACAACCAACCCUUCAUCCUCAGCCAAAUCCCACAUCAAGAGCCCAUCUUCUGCGUCUCUUGCUGGGGUCUUCAACACCUCUUUCCCCGCUUCAAACAGCCUCCAGAGCAUGUCCCCAGUCCUGUCCCCUCUGCCCUGUAAGCAGGCGAGCCCACAGCUCAACCACCGUAUCGUUCUGCUGUCGGACAAGGACAUGGACCCGGCCCGCGAAGGCUCCAGCAACAUUGACAGGUCCAAAAUCUUCACAGAUGUCAUCGACAAGAACGGCAACAAGCGCACCAUCACCCGCCUGGACCUGGACCUCAGCAGGAGGCCGAGCCCCUCCAAGUGGAAUUCCUCCAGCAACUCCACAACAACAGAGGAUUCUCUCUUGCGUCAGGAUGAUAUUUGGAUGCUGGAUGGUGAUGAACCUCAGGAGCCUCUUUCCUGUGUUCUGCGCCCUGAUCACCUGGACUUCCUACGCAUCACGCCGCCGGAGGAUGACAUCAUCGGGGACACGCCCUAUUAUCCCAGGCUGGAGUGCACGGCGUUUAACCACCUGAUCAUGAAUUCUUAG